UUUGUUUCUGGAACUGCAAUCAUUACUAAAAAAGAAGUACUUGAAGUGAAAAUGAAGUAAUUUUUGCACCAAAAAACCCAAAAACCGUCAUUUUUUUACACAAGUAGAAAUAAAAAAGGUCACUCUUUUUUAGCCUUGUGGUAUCAAAAUCCAAUCUUGGAUAAACUCUCUUUCAAUCCAAGUUUCAUUCUCUUCUGGGUUGUCUUCAAACUUUAAUUCUAGUGCACUGUCAAUGUCUUUCCCUAUUUGCUUCUCUCUCUACUUUCUCUCACUCACUCUUUUCAUUUUCAAAUCUACCGUUUAAAACUCUUGUUUCUAUGUUUCACUGCUUUUAUUUUUCAUUUUUUCAUUUGUAUUAUGGUUGUUUGUUUUUUUAGAACAUUUCUGUUGGUUCAAUUUUUGUGUCUGGUUUUUUUUUAAGGUAGAAAAAUCCGACCAAAUUCUAGGAUUUUAGUUUUUGUCUGCUGAGUUUUGCUUAUAGAUUGAAGCUCCUGAAUUAGCAAGGAAAAAGAUGAAGUUGAGUACUUUAUUUUUGCUUAUGGGUUUGGUUUCUAUGUUCUCUUCUGUGUCUUCUGCUAUGGUGGCAUCAAAUGAAGUUUGGGCGCUUAAAACCUUCAAAGAAGCUGUGUAUGAAGAUCCACAUAAGGUUUUGUCCAAUUGGAAUACUUUGGAUUCAGAUCCUUGUGAUUGGAAUGGAGUUUCAUGCACCGGAAUUCGAGAUCAUGUCAUCAAACUAAACAUGUCAGGGGCAUUACUAAGAGGGUUUCUUGCGCCAGAAAUCGGGAAAAUAACCUACUUGCAAGAAUUGAUCUUGCAUGGUAACAAUCUCAUUGGAAUAAUACCUAAAGAAUUGAACGCGUUGAAAUCUCUCAAGGUGUUGGAUUUGGGAAAGAACCAGUUAUCAGGACCAAUUCCUCGUGAGAUUGGAAAUUUGACCGAAAUCGUGAAAAUAAAUCUGCAGUCCAAUGGUUUGACUGGUAGGUUACCUCCGGAGCUUGCGAAUUUGAAAUACCUUCAAGAACUUCGCCUUGAUAGAAAUAAGCUUGAAGGGCCUGUUCCUGCUGCUAGCACUUCAAAUUUUUCUUCGAAUAUGCAUGAAAUGUAUGCAUCAAAUGCGAAUUCUACUGGCUUCUGCCGUUCGUCGCUUAAAGUUGCUGAUUUUUCAUAUAACUUUUUGGUCGGUAGCAUACCGAAAUGUUUGGAGUAUCUUCCGAGAACAAGCUUUCAAGGGAAUUGCCUCCAUGUCAAAGACGUAAAACAGCGGACGAAAGUUCAAUGUGCUGGAGCUUCACCUGCUCAAGGCCAUCCAGUAGUGAAACCAAAGCACCAAUCGAAAGCCGAACACGUAUCAAAGCAUCAAGGAGCUUCGAAACCUGCCUGGCUUUUGGCUAUAGAAAUAGCGACCGGGACCAUGGUUGGUUCUCUCCUUUUGAUUGGAAUUUUCACUGCUGUCCAAAGAUGUAACAAAAAAGCAUCCAUCAUUAUUCCUUGGAAGAAAUCCGCAAGCGAGAAAGAGCAAAUCGCAGUAUAUAUAGACUCAGACAUGUUGAAAGAUGUCAGGAGGUAUAACAGACAAGAGCUUGAGGUGGCUUGUGAAGAUUUCAGCAACAUAAUCGGAUCCUCACCGGAUAGUGUGGUCUACAAAGGAACAAUGAAAGGCGGACCUGAGAUUGCUGCGAUUUCUUUAUGCAUCAAAGAAGAGAAUUGGACCGGACACCUUGAACUUUAUUUUCAGAGAGAGGUGGCAGACUUGGCAAGGUUAAACCACGAAAACACGGGAAAAUUACUAGGAUAUUGUAGAGAAAACGCUCCAUUUACAAGAAUGCUGGUUUUUGAUUAUGCAUCAAAUGGAACACUUUAUGAACACCUACAUUGUUAUGAAGAAGGGUUCCAGUUAUCUUGGACACGACGUAUGAAAAUCAUCAUCGGCAUCGCACGUGGACUAAAGUAUUUGCACACAGAAAUUGAUCCUCCAUUCACUAUCUCAGAGUUGAAUUCGAGCGCAGUAUACCUCACAGAAGACUUUUCCCCCAAGCUGGUUGAUUUUGAAAGUUGGAACACGAUUCUCGAAAGAUCAGAGAAAAACUCCGGUUCUGUUAGCAGCCAAGGUGCUGUUUGUCAUCUUCCUAACUCCCUUCGAGCGCGUUACCUUGAUACCAAAGGAAACAUUUAUGCUUUUGCAGUACUUGUUCUCGAGAUCAUCAGUGGGAGAUCUCCAUAUUGCCAGGACCGAGGAUACUUGGUAGAUUGGGCGAGAGAUUAUCUUGAAAUGCCGGAAGUAAUGUCAUACUUGGUCGAUUCCGAGUUGAAGCAUUUCGGAUACGACGAUCUGAAAGUAAUAUGUGAGGUGAUAACUCUUUGUAUUAGUCCUGACCCUAAUGUAUGUCCAUCAAUGCAAGAACUAUGCAGCAUGCUGGAAAGCCGAAUCGACACAUCAAUAAGUGUGGAGCUCAAAUCUUUAGCUUGGGCUGAGCUAGCACUUUCAACAUAAUUGAGUAAUCAAUACUCAAAACUAACAACUUACAUUGAAGCAUGCUGCUAUAUAACCAACCCAUUAUGCUUUUCUGACCUGCUUUUGAUUAAUUUUUUUCUUAUAUAUAGUUUACCUGUAAAUGAUUGCUCAUAAAAGAAAUUUGUAAGGAUUAAUAGAAGUCUAUAAAUUGAUGAAUGAAUGGAAGAAGAAAAAUUGUGCUGGUGAAAAGGACCACAAAAGUUAUAACAAUAGGGUCCAUUCAUUUUGUUUCAAAA